AUGGCGUAUGAUCCUCGAGGGGAUCACCAUGGCAGGAGAGGAGGAGGCCCAGGCGGCGAUGGAGAGGGCCAAGAUGGUGGUUUUGUGAGAGCCAGAGGUCGACGACCCGUUACUGAUUACGGCUCAACCGUCGCCAACUGGAUGCGCCACCGCUCACCACUCGACGGCGAUGCCUACACCGGAGAAGUCGAGAGGCCGAGUGCCAGCUUCAUUGUCGACUUCACACCACCAGCCGCGAGGAGGACAGAUCCCGGCGACACAAUCCCAGUGAAGCACCUCCACUCAUCACUGAACAAGAUCAAGCACCCGGUCAACGUGGUCCGGUGGACGCCGGAAGGCCGCCGCCUGUUGACGGCGUCAAGCAGUGGAGAGUUCACAUUAUGGAACGGCACGGGGUUCAACUUCGAGACCAUUAUGCAAGCACACGACUCUGCCAUCAGAGCGCUGGCCUACUCCCACAAUGACGACUGGCUCAUCUCUGCCGACCACGACGGAAGCGUCAAGUAUUGGCAGCCCAACUUUAACAACCUCCAGAGUAUCGCCGCGCAUAACGAUCCGGUGAGAGAUCUCGCAUUCAGCCCGAACGAUUCCAAAUUUGUCACAGCAUGCGACGACUCGACGCUAAAGAUUUUUGAUUUUGCCGGAGGAGUGGAGGAGUCGACCCUGAAGGGCCACGGCUGGGACGCGAAGAGCUGUGACUGGCAUCCGACCAAGGGCUUGUUAGUAUCAGGCUCAAAAGACCACCUGGUCAAGCUGUGGGAUCCCAGGACGGGCCGGUGCUUGACCACUCUCCACGGCCAUAAGAACACCAUCACAAAGACCUUGUUCGAGAAGGUCCAGGGUGACUGCCUGGCGACUUCGGCACGAGAUCAAACUGCCCGUGUCUUUGACCUACGCAUGAUGCGCGACAUCUGCCUGCUCAAGGGACACGAAAAGGACAUUUCAACAAUCGCCUGGCACCCAGUUCACUCAAAUCUCCUCAGCACAGGUGGCCACGACGGCUCCCUAUACCACUACAUCCUGGACGAACCCAACACGCCUGCCGGCCACGCAAACUCCAUGGCGCCCUACGACAGCUCCGACCCCUCGACGACCCCGGCGCAGACGAUAUACCCCGCGCACAAGGUCCCCUUUGCCCACGACUUCGCCAUCUGGUCCCUCGACUGGCACCCGCUCGGCCACAUCCUCGCCUCGGGCUCCAAUGAUCGCAUCACGCGGUUCUGGUCCCGCAAGCGGCCAGGCGACGCCGACGUCUUCCAGGACCGCUACCAUGUCGGCGAAGCCGCCGCCGAAGCCAACGGCACCUGGGACCGCCGCGGCGGGCGUCGCCAACGGCAGGAGGAGGAGGAGAUGGAGAUGGAGGACGAAAUGGACGGCCUCGUCGACCAGAAGAUGCCCCUCAAGCAGCCCAUGGUGCCAGGGUUCCCAGGUCUACCGGGCCUGCCGGGUCUGCCGGGUCUGCCUGGACUGCCCGGAUUACCGGGUCUCUCGAUGCCGCAGAACGGCGCCGCCGGCGGUCCAGUACCACCGCCGCCCAUGAUACCGGGCGUGGGCGGCGCAGGCGGAGCACCCCCUCCGCCUCUGCCGUUCCCUCUACCCGGUCUGAACGGUGCUCCGCCGCCGCCGAUCCCCCUCCCCGGCGGCAUCGACCCGAGCAACCCCGCCGACCUGGCCAAGAUUGCCGAAAUGAUCCAAAAGGCCGGAGGCACCCUCCCUCCUCCGCCACCCGGCGGUUUCGCACCGCCGCCAGGCCUGGUUCCACCGCCAAACUUCGUCCCGCCCCCAGGAUUCCCACCCAUGCCUAUGCCGCCUCCGGCAAACAAUAACCACAGGGACGACCACGGUGGCCGCGGCGGUAGGAGGGCCCCGCUCCCUAGUCAGGAGGAAAGUCUUAAACAAGAGCAGCGACGGGGCAAUUACACGAGAUCGCGUUGA